AUGGCUCCUCGUGAGGAGCUCAUCUCCUCGGCCAUUACUUUUCUCCAGGAUCCGUCUGUCGCAUCCUCGCCGCUGGAGAAACGAGUGGCUUUCUUACAAUCAAAAAAUCUCACACAAGAAGAAAUAGAUAUUGCCAUCGCACGGGCAGGCGAAGAGUCGGUACAAACAACAACCACGACAACCGCGACACCUGUAGGAUAUACUCAGCAGCAACAGCCUAUUUAUCGGCCGACAGGUCCCCAGCCAGGCUACGGUCCCGGUCCGUAUGGUCAAUGGCAGCCUCCUCCUGACGUCCCUAGGAGGGACUGGCGGGACUGGUUUAUCAUGGCGACAAUAACAGGAGGGGUCGGUUAUGGAUUAUAUGUCUUGGCUAAGAGAUAUGUAGUGCCUAUAAUAGCGCCUCCUACUCCUCCACAGUUGGAACAAGAUAAGCAAAGCAUUGACGAGGAAUUCGCUCGCGCUUUUGCUUUGAUAGAUCAGCUGUCUACGGAUACAGCAGCUUUGAAAUCGGCAGAGGAAACUAGAACGGAACGCCUAGAUGCUGCUCUCCGUGAAGUUGAAACUGUGCUGUCGGAAUUGAAGUCUUCCACCCGGCGGCGCGAUGACGAAACUCGCCGAAUAAGCGACGAAGUUAAGAACCUGAAGGAUAGUAUCCCGAAAGCAUUGGAAGGUGCAAGGGAAGGAAAUGAAAGCAGACUCAAAGAACUCGGCACGGAACUCCGAAGUCUCAAAACCCUAUUGAAUAAUCGUCUCAGCGCUGGAAGCCCCGCUACCACUCCCGUUACAGGGCGGCCAUUGGGAUCGGCUGCUACCCCCGAGCCAGCAUCAUCCCCAGCAAUCAGUAUUCCUGCAACAACACCAUCUACAAACACCGCCUCUAUUCCUGCUGCCUCCAAUAGCCAAGCCUCUAGUUCCCCGGCUUCAACCAAUCCUCUGUCUCAGCUGGGAAAAUCUGCUUCCAUUCCUGCCUGGCAAAUGGCUGCCGCGAACAGAUCUAAAACAUCUUCCCAGCCAGCCCCGUCUGCAGCCGUUGAGGAAGCAAAGAGUAGUGCGCCUGCAAGCUAG